AUGGCUGAUUAUCUUUCUAGAUAUCCUCGUCAAGUCGAAGAUGACGAUGAUUUUAUUGAAGAAGAUUUUGGUGUAGUUCCUGGUAUUCAACAUUGUGGUGCAGUAAUUACAAGAGCUCAAGCAAAAGCUCAAUUAACUAUUCCAGAUACUGUUAUUGUUGAAUCUGUAGCAGAUCAAUCUUUGGUAGUGGAUGAUCAGCCGCCACGAGUGGCUGGUCAUGUGUUUGAUGUUACCAAGAUUGCUGAUGCUCAAAAACAAGAUUCAUUUUAUCAAGAACAAAUUCAUAAAUUACAACAAGAAUCACUCAAGUGUUCAUUUGAAUUGAAGGGCGAUAUUCUUUAUAAAAUAAUUAAACGUGGUACUGCGAAUCUCAAACUAAUUUAUAUACCAUUAUCAUUAGUUUUUCAAGUGGUGAAAGUUUAUCAUGCUUCAUCAUGGGCUGGUCAUUUUGGUUUUCGUCGAACGUAUAACAAUUUGAAAGACCGUUAUUGGUGGCCAAAUAUGAAAGAUACCAUUAGAAACUAUCUUCAUUCGUGUUUACAAUGUCAAAAAUUCAAUUUUGCACGUCAUAAAUCAUAUGGUUUUCUUCAUCCAAUUGAAUCUCCUAGUGGUCCAUUUCAAAUGAUCGGUAUGGAUUACUCAGGACCUUUUCCUAUAACAUCACAAGGCAAUAAAUAUGUACUGGCUAUUACUGAUUAUUUUAAUAAAUGGGUGAUUGCAAUUCCAACUGAAAAACAGAAUGCACAAACAACAGCAGAAGUUUUACAUGAACAUUAUAUUUGCAUUUAUGGUGUACCACGUCAAAUCGUAUCAGAUCAAGGAACGCCUUUUAAUAAUCAAUUAGUUGAUGCAUUCACUACAAUAUUAGGGUGUCAUCAUAUCAAAUCCACUCCAUAUCAUCCACAGACAAACGGUGCUAUUGAACGUUUCAAUGCUACAUUUGAACGUCAAUUAGCAAAGGUAACAAAUGUUUACAUGAAUGAUUGGGAUAUUCAUUUGAAAUCUGCUGUUUUCGCUUACAAUACUGGAAAACAUGCUUCAACUGAAUACUCCCCGUACCAGCUACAAUUUGGACGCCAUCCAAACCUUCCACCAGAUCCACCUAUUGCUCAAUAUGAAUUUUUGAAACCAAACGAUUAUUUUCAAUUUUUUCGUCGAACAUUAACAUUAUAUCACCGUCAAGCAAAACAGAAUAUAAUCCAACAUCAGCAAUAUUAUAAAACAAACUAUGAUACUCAUCGUGUAGAUCCAAAAUUUAAUAUUGGUGAUCGUGUACUUAAACGAUUAUCUACAUCAAGAACAAAAUUAUCAUCAAUUUAUUCUGAUCCAAUGGUAGUUAUUGAUGCUGAACAUCCCGCAUAUUGGAUUAAAAAUGAUUCUAAUGAUGUUUAUCAAGUUCAUGUUUCUCAAUUGAGAUCAUUUUCCACUUCGUAA